AUGUGUUCUAUGCUACAUGCCAGGAAUGGGGAAGGAAGCGCCGCCAGCGUAGCUUCAACCCUCAAAGUGAGCUACACCGGAAUCCAAGUGGCGCUGAUUGUUGGUAUCUGUGGAGGUGCCCUAUAUCCAUCUACUGAGAAGCAGGUCUUUUUGGGUGAUGUCAUUAUGAGUGAUGCAGUGGUUGAAUAUGAUUUUGGCAGGCAAUACCCGGGUGAUUUCCAGCGGAAGACUGACGUGAAGGAUACGCUUGGAAGACCAAACCGAGAAAUCCGGACGCUCCUUGCAAACCUCAAGGCGACUCGAGCUCGGCAAGAGUUUUAA